UGACGCGUGCCUUUGUGGAUUCUGUGGUCCGCCGCCAAAUUCAAACAGCGAAAGAAGAAACGGGAGCUACAGCCGCCUAAAAGCCACAGAGAAUCGGCUACUUUUACAACUGAUACUUUUAGCUCGGUCAUAUAGCCUGUUUAGUCAUGGAUGGUGUUGGUAAAGCUGUGGUUGGAGUCUGGCGGGCACACACAGUCCUGGAUGAGUCUGAUGGAGCAGAGAGCUCCCCAGAAGCCCCGGACCGUUUCCGCAAACUUCGGUCCUCAUCUUCACUCAACUCUCUGAGAAUGUCACUGAGGAAGCGACUCCCACUGCGAUCUGUCCAGACCAACUCCCUCCCUGAGAAUCCGACCUGGGAAACCAUGAAGGAGCAACCAAAGACCAGCACAGUCCACAAACUUACUCGUAGUGCUCGUAACUCUAUCACCGGAGUGUAUCAGAGGUUGCAGAGGACCAGAGAAUUUUCCCGUGAAGAGUGUUUGGUAGCGACCCCGGGUCGUGAUGGAGAAAAUGCUGGAGCAUUGAAUUCUUGCACCCCAGGACGUACACCUCAUCGGGCUGCAACACCCAGACGCACACUCAGAGCAACAGGUACACCUGGGCGUACUCCAGGCUCCAGAGGACGCAGGACUCCUGAAGCAUCCGUAAGAGGAGUGAAAACAGGAGGUGGCAGGAGGCAACUGGUCCGCAUGGCUGCUGUACGAAGUCCCUUUGCCUCUCCAAAUACGCAAAACCAGAGGAAGAAAUUUGACCAAGAUUUGGAGUCAGUUUCCAGUGGACUCAGGAGGCUCAAACAUCUGUCGAAGGCUUUUGAUGACAUCAUUGGGAGAGACAGCAGGCAGUUCAACUAUUCCCAAAUUGUGGAGUAAUACAGAAGAUCUGGCCCAAAGGAACGUUCUGGGGGAGCGAUGAUGAGAAAGCUGGAUCCCAGCGGUAAACUCAGCCGCUCAAAUGUCACACGCAGAGCCACACGCGUCUCAGACACGCUGGGCAGUUGGGCCCACACAGCUGUGAACACUAUUCGCAAACCCAACUGAACUACAUGCAUGUCUGUGUGUAUAAUGCAGGACCUAUUGUAGCCAUGUUUUACACUUAUUAUACUCAUUAUUAUUGUGGUGUCACUGUUACAUAUUCACAGUGGCGUUAUGAUACUGGGAGACUAUUAUGCUACAGCUUGUCUUUUUUUAUGUGUGCUCUGCAUCUUUGUGAGCAUCUGUGUGACUCUUGUGUGUUUACAUGUCUCAGGUUAGCUUGUUGUGGGUAAAAUAUCCUCACUGUAGCUUCCAGAGGAAUUUUCUUUGCAUCUGUCGUAGCUGCUACAACCAAAAUGUUACAUUUAGUUACAUUUUCAAAAUACUAAUAUUGUACUUUGUGUUCUCAUUCUCUGCAUAGAAAGUUAAUGAAAUGUACUCUAAAGGGAUCGCGAACAAGAGCUGCAGUUAUCUGCUGAACGAACACUAAAUUUUCUGACAGAGGGGAAAUCUUUUUUUUUUUCCACUAUUUUUAUAUGUAUGCAAUAAUGUUUCUAACACUUGUUACACUAUUUUUAAAUAUCAUUUGAUUAUACCAAAUUAUCAAGUGUAUUUUCUAAAACAGUAUUUAAAUGUGAACAUUCCUUGAGGCAGAGGUUGGCACUUCUAAUGGCCUGUGGAUGAUUCAUGCAUCGAUAUUGUACACACAAAUCAUCUGAUAAUGUGAUGGGGAAAAAGAUUUAGUGGCUCAUUACCAGUUGAUGGCUAUAAUGAUGAUGUUAUAAAGAGAUAUCCCGAGUCUUAUUAGUGACUCUCAAGUUACCAGCCUCAAAUUAAGCAAAGCUCUUCUGUGGGUGUGUUGUUGUUGUUUUGUUUUUCUGUUUUUGAUACUUUCUUUUUCUGCAUUAUUUUUUUUUUUUAAAGGAGAACAA